CUAAUUUAAUUAAGUCUCCGCAUAGAGUUAUGAGCGCGUCGAUCAACCUAUAUAAUUGACACCCACAAAUUCUUUGGUCUGACAAAUUACUAAGACAAACCUCAAAAUCUCACAACAAGUCUUCUUUAUUUCUCAUCAAAGAGUACCUUCCUCCUAUUAAUAAAGAUAGAUCUGGGUUUGCUUUAUAUUUGCUUUAACAUUCAAGAAGCUUAGAAACAAAGCAACAAAAUCCAGGUGUACUUUAAUGGAAAUCUCAUCAGCCAAAUGGAUAUCUGAACUGGAAAUGGAAGAUCCCUCUAAUAUCUUCGAGCAAUAUGAAGUGGACUACUCACUUGAUGACCUUAAUUUCCAGUCAUUUUCUUCUGAGAGCUACUCAUCUUACCCCCAAAAUUUCGUCCAACAAAAUCCACAAAACCUAAGUACUUCAACUCUAGAUCAUCAACAUGAUCAAACUCCUCCUCAAACUCAAACUGAGUCAUCUUUCGAAAGGCCAUCCAAACAGUUCAAAACAAACAAUUGGAAUAGUAAUAAUAAUAAUUACUCUUGCACCACAACAACAACAACUACUACCAAUGAUCAAAUCAGCACAAGGGCUUCAUCUUCUUCCUCAUCCCAGCUCAUUUCAUUCGAAAAGUAUGCGAAAUCGGCCUCAGCCACGCCCGAGAUUAAUAAUCAUGCUGCUGCUACUACUCUUAAUAAUAAUGUUAAGCCAAAAGACGAGCCAGGCUUCAUUAAUGGAUAUAAUAUGGUUUUCAGUCCUUAUGAAACACAUCAUCAGAAUUAUUGUUCAGUACCAAAUAAUAAUAAUAAUAAAUAUGGUAAUGUUCAAGGUGUGAAGAGGCCUUUGGGUGUUUCAUUAAUGGCUACUAGAUCCCCUUUACAUGCUCAAGAUCAUGUUAUUGCUGAAAGGAAGCGCCGAGAAAAGCUUAGUCAGCGAUUCAUAGCUCUUUCUGCUGUAGUUCCUGGCUUAAAGAAGAUGGACAAAGCUUCUGUUCUUGGAGAUGCAAUUAAGUACAUAAAAAAUCUUCAAGAACGUUUGAACACACUUGAGGAACAAUCAGCAAAGAAGACAGUGGAAUCAGUUGUUUUCAUCAAGAGAUGUCACCUCUCGGCCGACGAUGAAACGUCGUCGUCUGACGAGAAUUUCAACAGCAACUCGAAUCAGCCACUUCCAGAAAUAGAAGCAAAAGUUUCAGACAAGGACGUACUCAUAAGAAUCCAUUGUGAGAAGCAUAAAGGGUGCUUGGCCAAUAUACUAAGCCAAGUAGAGAAGCUUCACCUCACCAUUCUCAACACCAGUGUUUUACCAUUUGGAGGCUCUACUACUCAUAUUACUAUUGUUGCUAAGAUGGAUGUGGAGUACGACAUGAAAGUGAAGGAUUUAGUACGAAAUCUAAGACAGACAUUACUCGGCAACUGACUAUAGAUUCGUUCGGAUACAUCUUAAGUACUUUAUAGAUUUAUUGUGAUCUCAUGACUAGGAAAAUAAUCGGUUGAUCUCUCAAUUUCAAAUGUUUGUUUUUCUCGAGACUUUUUUUGGAAGAAAAGAAGAUGCCCUAGCAACCUAACAUCGUGUCUCAGCACAGUACCCCACCACUAACCAUAAUCAUCAUCAUGAGAAUUGAGGACUUCAAUCAUCAACUCUGCCAAGUUUUCAUUUUUGCAGGUAGGGUUUUGUCACAUUUUUAUGUGUCGUUUUUGCGUGGUUGACCGUUGACCAUGUUCACCUAUUAUACCCACGUGCUAUAUUUGAAAGCUUGGCAGCUUUUUUCCCAGAGAGAUUUCAUUAGAGGUUUUUGACUUUUCAACAACAGACACCUCUUUUUUUUCUCUCCAAUUCUUUUGAGUACGUCCCUCGUAUAUAUAUUAUGGUAUAUUUACAAUAGUUAUAUCCAUCUGAAUUAAAUUGAGAGACAAAAAAAAAAAAAUAGGCACUCGGUUUCUUUGAGUUUUUACAUUUGUUGUGUUACAAGAAAUAAUUCCUUUUUGAGGUCCUCUAGCUAGGCCUUUUGUGUGUAGUGUAAACUUCUUUGUUAAUUGUGUUAUGUAAACUUUCCAUUAUAAUAAAUUAAUUAAUUCUAA